AGGAAGUCGUGCCUGUGACAUCAGGGGCAGGACGCGGUGGGAGAAACCUCCAAUACGCGCGGCGCCGGCCGGCGGGGGCGGCAGAUUUCUCCCCAUUUUGGAGUUGAAGAAACUGAGACCCAAAGCAGCUGAGUGACUUUCCCAAGGACGCACACUGAGUGCUAUCUGUGACAUGCCCAAACCUGGAAGAGGAAUAAAUUACAAGUGGUCAAGGCAGCGUCUUCUUGAGCCCAGGACUUGCUAGUGAACUGAGUGGGCUCUUUGGCCCCAGUCCAGACAGCACCAUGGAGAGAAUUGGCUCCUUCUUCAGCUCUAUCUGGGACACCAUCUUGACCAAACAUGAAGAGGGCAUCUUCAACACCAUCUGCCUAGGCAUCCUCCUGGGGCUGCCUCUAUUGGUGCUCACCACUCUCCUCUUCAUCUGCUGCCAUUGCUGCUGGAGCCGGCUAAGCAAGAGCAGACAACAGCCAGAGCAAAACAAGAGGAAGAAGAAAAAGAAGAGGGAUGAGGAAGACCUGUGGAUCUCUGCUCAGCCCAAGCUGCUCCAGCUGGAGAAGAGGCCAUCGCUGCCUGUCUAGUAAGGCAGGAAGCAGAGGUGGCCCUGCUCUGGGGCUAAGCCUCCUUCCAACCACACACAGACUAAGAACAGGAAUGUCUGGAGUGACGCACUCCUGUCCAUGGAGUAACUACUCACAGGGAACAAACCUCAGACUAAGUGUCCCAGUGGAGGGCACUCCCAGGGGAGCAGGUGAACAAAUUCUUGGGCACUGUCUUGGCAGCUGUGUGUCCAGCAGCAAUGUUCUCUACUGCAGAGGCAUGCCUUAACCCUAUCUCGGGCACACCCCAUAUGCAAAAGCACAAAGAAUACUUAUCCAUACAUCUUGAUAUUGCUCCCCAGUGUGCAUGCACACACACACACACAGACACGUGCGUGUGCUCACAAACACAGAUUCUGGCAACAGGUACAUGGGCAAAUAUAUUCUGUCCAUCAGGUGGUCACUGGAUAUGUACUUUGUGCAAGGAAGUACAUUACCUACACUUAGAAAAAUGUCUCAUGGGAAGGCCUGGUCAUAUACACAAUUACAUAACCAGGCAAGGCCCUUGUGCACUGUCUAUUCCAUAUACUACUCAGGUUGAAGAUGUGUGCUUUUCUGUUUCUAUUUCUACAUAAUUUUUUACUAGAAAUACUCAGAAUUGGACAUUCCAGCAACCUGGUACAGUCCCCACCCCUGUGUAUGUUGAUACAGACACACCAAGUUUCUGUGUUUUGGGCCCCUCACCUGUGCCAAAAAAUUUAAAGUGUGAUGGAUCAAAUUCAUUCAUCCAAGCUCUUUCCUUGCAACUCUUGGCAAGGUCCUCAUUACCACCGAUAGGUGUUUAAUGUGGUCCAAGACCUCUCUUUGAGACACUACCCCCAGAACAACUCCAUUCUCCAAGCAAGAGCAAACGGCUCUUGGUAGUAUCUACUGGAAAGCUGUGGAAGCCCACUCAUUCACAUCAGUGGACUGCAAUCAAGUACCUGUGCAACGUGUGCCUCACAAGUAGAAAGGGAAAGGAGAUGCUACACCUGAGCUAGGUGUCUCCUGUGUGGCCAAAAGUUUUCAACAGGGAAGGAAUUAAGAUAAUCACUGGUACAGUCUCACAGAAGACACACUGGAAACAGUUUCAUAAGGUUGUAAUGGGUUUGUGGUAUGUUACAGGUGGGAUGCAGAAGUGACAGAGUUUAAAUGAAAGUAGAAUUAAGCUAUUAAGAAGUUUAUUUAUAUCUUGAAGCUCAGGCAAGUGCCCAGCACACAGUAGGUACUCAUAACUGUCUGUGGUUGCUGUUGGAUAUGUGAUAAUGUUAAGGGUAAACUCAUAAUACCUCGUCAGUUCCCCCCCCCCCCAAGUGACCUUCUUUUCUAAGUGAGCCCACUAAUUGCUGCAAUGGGUAAAAUUAGGAAUUGAAUUCUGCAGGAGAGUACACGCAGACCCAGGGUCGAGGUGACAUGCAUGCCCUGAAGUACAUGAGUAUGUAGACUAGAUCUGACGUGAGCUGAGGAGCACUUCUCCCCACCGGGCUGAGGUUGGGAGGCAGAGUUAAUCCACUUACCUGAUGAACUGGUUGGUAUUUUGAUUGUAUUGUGACCAUAUCACAAAGAUGGGCAAUCCUAACUGGGGAGCAGGUUGUGCUCUAAAAGUUGAUUUGCACAUAUGCUGGGGAGUUCUUGUGAAAUGUUUUCCCACAAAAGCUGUUCUAAGUAGUGGCGAAAUCACUGUCUAAUAAAUAAUGUAGCUAAACUAUGAUGUUCGUAGGAGCAAAAAACGAAAUUUCAUAAGACUUAUUAAUGGAAAGAUGUACUCUUUGCUCACUUGGGCUUCCUGGUACUCACCUGCCCUCCAGGUGCACUCCAGGCCUGCAGAGGGCGAGUGUCUAGUGGUCACUCUUGGCACCAGGGUCUUCUAACAGGUGACCUUAUGAAUCAUAAUUCAGACCUGCAUAUAUUUUAGAGCCAAUCUUGUUCAUUCUCUCACCCUACGUGGCUGUAAAUCCCCUGGGCACUUAGACACCCCAUAUAUAAACCCCUUUGACCAGAGAAAGAAGCACUCUGAUUCUCUGCCCCUGGUCAGAUGGAGAGUUUUGUCAUGGAGCCUCUGGCUGUCCCCUUCACAUUACAGGGCAACUGGUCAUCUCCCUACACCACAUGCACAUGCCUCCCCGUGCCUAAUACUGACCACCAGAACCAGUUACCCUUCCUGUUGCUAACUCUCAGUCCCCCUAAAAUGGACGUCUUGGGGGAGACGUGGAGGCUGACAGCUGAGACAGGGCAUCAGUUGUGAUCUAGGAGAGUGGAUCACUGGGAUCAGGAACCAUAAGAGUUGCAUGGUUUCCAUGGCAACUGUUGCUAGUUUGAAUUAAGACAGCAGACAGUUGUCACUGCCAUGACAAGGCCUCUGUCUCCAGGCACAGCAUCCCUGAUGUCUCCUAAUCGAAUGGACUCGCUCUGGCCCCAGGCAUGAAACACCCAGUAACUCAUUCCUCAUCUGCAACCAUAGCUGAGGACCCAGAAGACCCAGUCCCUGAAAGCGGCUUAUCUUUUUCCCACCCCGGCCUCCCCUGGCAACCUUCACUGGGGUACCUAGAGUAGUGCUGGCGCAUAAGAGACCCUCAGAUUUUUGUUGAAUAAAUGGACGAUUGAAAGGAGCCUAACACGACUGUUGGUGUUCACUCUCUUUUCUUUCUGCUUUAUUCUCGCCUUUCUCUCCCAUGUUUUAUGCUUCUCUUAUCCCUUCUUCUCCCUGUACCAUCCUGCUUCCAUCUCUUUAGUCCUCUCCAUUUUACUCCUUUCCAGCCUCUGUCCCAGAACUGCCACUGGCAACCAGGGUGACCUCAGGACCAGAACCUACUUGGCUCGUAUGGGGAGGUUAAGUUAAUGGGGGACCAAAAAAGAUUCCUAAGGAAGAGACUUCUUAAACCAGCACAGGCUCAGAGAGAAGAUCCCCCAGGCCUGGGCUUCUGAACAGCUUCAGCCGUACUCAGCCACAGUGAGUCUGACUCAGGCAGUCGGAGGAGGUCUUUGCCCCCU